AUGGGACUACGCGACUCAACCCGCAAACUCCUGCGCAAGCUCAGCUCACGCGACAAGAAACAGGAAGAAGUCAACCAGUUGCAGCCUGUGGCACUCGCUGGAGCCAGUAAACGCUCCACACACCGCUCGGAACUGUGCAGCACAUUCGCCGCCACUGCCGUAAGCCGCGAAGAGCUCGAAGGGCGACGGAAAGCCAUGAGCGAAGGUAGUGCCGAUUGGGAACAAUGUGGGAUGUGCACGCGAAGUUUCGUGGCCGGCACUAGUCGCUACGCCGGCUUCUGCUCGCUCGAUUGCAAGUCCGCGGCGCUCUACAGUCAAUCAGCCCGUGUCUACCGAGGACGUUAUCGCAAUGCAUAA